UUAGCCACGCCCACGCAUGCACAUGCCCUACAGCAGCAGCAGCAGCAGCAGCAACAACCGCCACAACAACAGCAGCAUCAUCAUUUGCUGCAGCUGCAACACCAGCAGCAACACUUGCAACACCAGCAACAUCACAUGCAGCAACAUAUGCAAACGCAUCAUAACUUUCAGCAACAUGAGCCCACGCCAUUGUCACAGCAGCAACAACACUUGCAGCAGCAGCAACAUCAACAGCAGCAACAGCAACAACAGCAGCAGCAGCAGCAACAGCAGCAACAGCAACAGGCAGCCGGCAUGUUUACAAGAUUCGACGCCAACAAAUCAACGAAGGGCGCCUCGAAGAUGCGGCGCGAUCUUAUAAAUGCGGAGAUAGCCAAUCUGCGGGAUCUGCUGCCGCUGCCGCAAUCGACGCGCCAGCGACUGUCGCAGCUGCAGCUGAUGGCCCUGGUCUGUGUCUAUGUGCGCAAAGCCAACUACUUCCAACAAGUUUUCAAGCGACACAAUACGCUGCAUCAACAUCAUCAGACCACAACACCAAAUAUUGGCUUCUCGAAGGCACUCUCAGGCUUUCUCAUGAUGCUCACACAAAAUGGCAAAUUGCUCUAUAUAUCGGAUAAUGCUGCCGAGUACCUGGGACAUUCCAUGGAGGAUUUACUGAUACAUGGGGACUCCGUUUACGAUAUCAUUGACAAACAGGAUCACGCAACCAUACAGGCCGAGCUAAAUCGGAACGUGCCACCGCAGCCAGGUGGCAGCAACAGCAGCAGCGUUGGCGUCGGCGUUGGCGAUUCGACAGCCAGCAAUGGCACUGGCGGCGCCUCCAGUUUGGAGGGGGAGCAUCGCAUGUUUCUCUGUCGCAUGAAUGUUAGCCGCAAUGCGCGACGGCAAAUGCGUUUCGGUGAUCAGAAGGUCGUUCUGGUACAGGGUCACUAUUUGUCAUUCCUGCCGCUCUGCAGUCGGAACGAGCCCGUCUUUUUAGCCACCUGCACACCCAUCGCCAUGCCGGAGACACGCGAGUGUGUGGUGCAGGGCGCCACCAAUGUGUUCACCACCAUACACUCCAUGGAUAUGAAAAUCGCACACAUCGACAAGAAUGGCGAAUUCCACUUGGGCUACGAGAAGGCAGCGCUGCAGGGCACGUCCUGGUACAAUCUGAUACACAGCGAGAAUCUGCGCGAGGCGCAGAGCAAGCACAGGCUAAUAACGCAAUCGGAACAGGAUCGCAGUUGCAUUCUUCUAGUGCGCAUGCAGAGGUCUAGUGGCGAGUACACCUGGGUACACGUGGUGCUCCAGGUGCGAGAUAGUCCCGACUCAACACAACAACCUGUCAUUGUGUGCACCAACCAGGUGCUGAAUGAUCGCGAGGCUACCAUAAUGCUGGCCAACUCGUGGCUCUAUCACUACUACACGGUGCAGUCGAAGAUACAGUUCGGCAUGCCGCUGGAUAGUGCGAUGCGUGUGCCGCCGGGCAGCAACUCCGGCGGCUACUACGGCUCACAUCAGCAGCCGCAUGGCGGCGGAGCUGCGAGCGUGGGCCUGGGCAUGCCGGGCUCUGCGACGGGCAUGUCGAGCGUAUUUGGCAGCCAUCAUGCGCAUCAUCAUCACCAUCAUGGGACGGCAGCUGCCUCCUACCAUCACCAUCAUCCGCACAUGGGCGCCGCCUAUGGAGGCGUCUACCAUGCCGAGGGUGCAGUCGAACUGAAGGAGGACCAGCAGCUGUACGGCUUUCAGCCGGGCGGCGGUGGCAGCGGCCUGGAGCCCGUAGAUUAUAGUCAAGUGAAUGGCGCGCCUACCGGCGGCAGUCAAAAGUCCACACCGUCGGCAACACCGCCGCCGCCUAAGAAACGGGCGCGGAACAAACUGGAGCCGCUCUAUUUGCACGCUGAGCGCUCGCCGGUGGCGGCCAUUACGCCGGAGCCGGACUGUUAUGCGCUGCAUCCGGGCGCAGCGUAUGCCACGGCCGCAGCUGGAGUGGCGGCCAGCAGCAGCGAUGCCACCGCCUCGGUUAUUUAUGCCACCAUUGUGCCAACACGUCCGCGUUUGCUGAACAAGACGCUGCCGCCGGAUCCGGCGGAUUUUAUUGAGCAAUGGAAUCCCAGUCCGCCCUGGUCGGAGUCGGCGCAGAAAGCAUCGCUGGAUAGCUUUGGCUCCUCGCAUGAGCUCAGUCCCUGCAUCACCACUACGCCGCCCACGCCGACCAGUGCCACGCCCCAUCAUGGUGGCAUCAGCGUCCAAACGAUCGGACCCGCGUUCAGCUUUGAAUGGAUGUCGGACCCCCUGGUGCCCGUUGCCUAUCAACAGUGGCCGCCCGCUACAGGCGAUCAUCAUCAGCAUCUGUCGCAGCAUCUGGCCGCGGCACAGCAGCAACAUCAACACCACCAACAGCAACACCACCAC